UUUCACUUUUCGUCCGGAAAAGUGAUCCACAGCGUUGAAAACAAACGUCCGGAGAGGAAGUCGUCAAGUUUGAGUUUUAAGCUGAGAGGCAAAGCAGCUUCUGCAGUUACAAGUUAGAAAUAGUAUGGAAGCUACGCCUGACGGAAAUGAAUCGUCGAGGGACGUUAAAACCCUAUUCUCAUUUUACUCCAACUAUCUAUGGAACCGACUCACCACUUUGUUUCCUUCUUCCCCUUCCAAUUUUCUCGAGAAAAUCUCAAAUCUGUCUCGCCAAACGGCUCUCCCCAUCUCAGCAAAACGCAGGACUGGUCUCCCUCUCCCAUUGCCUUCCGACUCAUUCAGCUCCACCACCCCGAUGACGCCGGAGGCAUCGAGAGUUUAUGAAGUUCUAAAUGAUAUAAUGGAUCGCUCCAUUUUGAAUUUGCAUAAAAUUCAAAAUAAUUUGCAAUUUUGGCAAUCUAGAGCAGAGGGAUCUAAUGCUAGGAAAGUUUACUUCAUGAUUUUUGAGAGAGGGCCACGAGCAUUUUUUAAUGGAACAGUUCAACUCAUGCGAGAAAGCGUUGCUGAUGGUUCAGCAAUGCAGCAUUUUUCCCAUUCUGCUUCUUCAUACAUUUCGGAAAGAAUAGCUGUCUUAUCUACCUUAAGGUGUUCACUUGCUGCUUUUCUGGCUGAGUUUUAUAUGGAAGUUGACAAAUGUGGAGAAGAGUUAGUGACAGAUCCAGCGAAGUCAUUUCCCUCACUAACGGUUCCUCUUAAUGGUUUAUUUUCGAAGUUGGAGGCAUCAAUUGGCCAUCUACAUGCACUGCGUCAGAGUAAUUCUUCUGUUGAUGGAACCUAUUCAUUUCCCCUACUAUUUGAGAAAUUGCCAGAAAUCAAUCAGGAAGAGUCUCAAUGGACAGAUUGUGAAAUUAGCGAUGCUAUCAACUUGAUUUAUAGGAAUCUACAGGAACUGGACUCUUACUUAGCUCUCAUGGUAGCUAAACACAAAAAGCCAACGAAAGUAACUCGUUACUGGAUCCGGUAUACAUGUGGUGCAGUUGGCCUUUCAGUUUGUUCUUUCUGGCUCCUACGGCAUAGCCGUCUGAUGGGAAGUUCUGACAUUGACAAUUGGAUUCGUGAAGCAAGGGAAUCAACAGUUAGCUUCUUUAAUGACCAUGUUGAGCAACCGCUUCUGUCAAUUAGAGAUGAACUUUUGGAUACUUUCAAGAAGAGGCAGAAAGGUGUGAUGGAUAUGGAGGAAGUGCAGUUGACUUCCAAUUCUCUUCACAGAAUGUUAUUGGCCUUCAGCGAGCAGACAAAGGGUGAAAAAUUACCAGAGAAUGCGUCAGAUCAGGAAAUGCUUGAGAUAGUUAUGGCAAGAUAUGAAAAGGAACUUAUGCAUCCUAUCCAGAAUCUUCUCCACGGAGAGCUUGCUCACGCUCUUCUCAUCCAGGUUCAGAAGUUGAAACUGGAUAUUGAGAUGGCCAUGCUCGAACUGGAUCAGAUUCUCAGAGCAAAUGAAAUCAACUUUGCGAUCCUUGCUGCCUUGCCAGCAUUCUUUCUAUCUCUUGGUCUGAUCGUAGCUGUGCGUGCAUGGUUUAGACAGGAUACUAGAGCAGAAGGCAGGGGAAGAAUUGCUCGUAUCCAGAGGAGGCUGCUCAUUGUGGAGGUUGAGAAAACUAUUAUGCAGUACCAAACUUAUGUUGACCAAGGGCUGUCGAGGGGAAAGGUUUAAGAGUGCAAGUUCUAGCUAGCUUUGAUGGCCUAGAGGUAAUAAUAAGGGCUUCACUGAUGAUGACAUCACUUUGGUGAUCAUUCUUUAUUUUUCUUGUUUUGCCAACCCUAGAGAUUGGUCAGAGAUUGAGUUGACUUCUACAGUUCCACCUAUCGUGGCCCCCAAGAGAGAACUGGAAGCGGCGUUCUACUUGCCACUUGCUCUGUUUGUGUAUUUUUGUUAUUGUUUCCUGAAAGUAUCUUUACAGUCCAUUCUCUUCCCAUACAUUCCUUUCUUGAUAUUCACUUGGUAACUAGUAUGCCUUCAUAUGCUUACUGUUUAUAAGCUAAUCUACAUCUACUUUAUGCAUUUAUGUUUCCAUUGUGGAUUCAGUUAGUGGCAAGAAAAAAAGUUAAUUUUCCUUGCAUCUUACACAAGACAAAAUCUGCCUAUGCAUGCAUGUCCUCCUGCGAGGCUGUGAGAUAUGGUUGUCUUUUUUGGUACAAAUAGAAAAAGUCAUUGUCAGAUUUCAGUGGUCCCACUUCUUGGAGCCUGAUCUGUUUUCUUUGUAUGGAUCUUUGCAUAAUAGUCAAAGUUCACUCAGGGUAAGAGGCAUCAUUUGUGGGAAGAGCUUAUGUUUGUUACAAAACCUAUUUUCACUUUUCUUAUCUCAUUUUUCUUAUGUUGGUUUAAAACUUCUCUUACGUUGGUUCAAAAUUUUUGUCUCUUGAUGGAUUAGAAUGCGCUUGUUGAUUGAGUAAACCAAAACCCCAUUUGCUUUGGCUGAUACUGCUACUGCACUUGACUAUUUCCUACCUACAUAAAAAGAGAUAAAACAUAUUGAAUGCUAUU